AUGGAGCACAAUCACAUGCAGACGGCUCCACACGGGCCAAAAGACCGACCCAACGAUGACUUCUUGGGACAGUCUGCCAGCACAACACAGCAACCGACAAGCUCGGCUGCGUUAGCCACUGGAACGUCGACGAUGCAGGCAUCUCCUGAUCACAGCGGACACGAGCAUAAAGAGUCAGGCGACUUGCCGGCGCACAUAACUGCGGAGCGCCCGGUGCAGCUGCCCCCCUUUGCGCUCUCCUUCCCCAGCGACCCGGCCACCGAACUAGCGCCCAUCCAGCCGCCGCACGAAAAGUCCGAUGGGACUUCAUGUCAGACCUUACCGCCGCUGUCAUCGGUUACUGGCACGCAAACUCAUGCACCGCAACCGCAGCCACCAGAGCCGUCGCAUGCCGCACCCCUUAGCAGAGCGACCAACCAUUGGCCAAGCCUCAACCCUUUCACGACAUACUACACGCCUAGCUACCUAGAUCCCGUCGAAUCGUCCCCGAGCAUGAGCUCGGAACAGAGCGUCGGCCGGAGAGGGGCCAGCGUGAGCCUUGAUGACCCCGACGUGAGAAUAGCUGCUGAGGCGCUGGGACAGAUGAGAUCAGAUUAUGGUUCCUCCCCGCGUGAUCGCAAGACGUCGAGGGAGCACAAGACAGCCAGCCCCUCCUUGCAGACAACCCAUGGCAAGCAGUUGGAGCCGGAGCCCCUCUUGUCGCUGAUCACAACGUCGCACCCAUUGCUAGCCAGCACAAUAGAAGGUGCUGCUUCGGUGUAUAACACCGGGAAGAACUACUCACCACAUAUUAAGACGGGCGCUGAAUACGUCGAGAACUACCUCAAGCCGGUUGGCAAAGCGGUGGGCAACGUGAGCCGGAAGACAGGCGUUGAAGGGGGUGUUCGGUGGAUAUUCGGGAGACGCAGCAGGAAACAGCAUUCAUCUACGGACAUUGAGACGGGCGAGCGGGGAAGCAGCAAACGACUCAAGUCUGGGCGGGACGACAAAGGGAAGCGGUGUUCAGAUCCACUGUCCCCGGACCUGUAUGCUGAUACGGACGAUCGGCGCAUGUCCAUAAGCACUAUCGACACACUGCCUCCAUACGACGACCAGAGAUCUCCGGCGUAUACCGAAGUAGCCGAGGACAGGAUAGCACGGAUGUCUGGUUCUGAUGCUUCAGGGCAGCCGUGGGGCCAACGGUUCGUCGUGACCACGUCCGGUCUCGGUGUCGCGAUGAAGCAGGAGAGUUUGAGGAGUCUCAAAUACUGUCUCAGGGUCCUGAAGGACACAAACGGUUACGUUGGCGAGGUUCUUGUGAAUCUCAAGAGUAUCAUCGACGAGUAUGACGCUGCAGCCCCGAAGGACGGUGAAGAUCACGCCAUGAUGGAGGGGACUGCCCAUGCGGCCCCGCGGACUGCGGAAGAACGCAACAGACUUAUCCAACGCAUGAGCGAACUCAGGGACGAUAUCUUCCAGGUUAUCCACCGCGCCGUGCAGACGGUUUCGAAGUACGCCGGCAGCGCUCUUCCCGAGAACGCCAGGAACCUUGUGCACCGACAGCUGAUGAGCCUGCCCGGACUCUAUCAGUUCCACUACUUACGAGAGGCGGAGGGACGGCGCGAGAAUACCAGCCCGGAGGGUUGGGCGAGGGAUAGCGCGCACUUGGCGCUGCUCUUCGCACGGGAGGCACUGCAACUAAUGACGCAAGUCGGCGAUGUUCUCAACAGGACCCUUGUGAGUGCGGAAGAGUGGUGCGAGACACUGUACAAAACGAAAGAGCAAUCAGGCUCUCCUUCCAUUGGCGGUUCGGAGUCGACGGCGGCUGCGGCAGUUGGCCGGGAUACAAGCAUGUCGGGUUAG